GAGAUGAGCAAUUCCCCGCAGGCAAUCCAGGGGUUCAAAUAGAGAUUUAAAUAUGGCCCGAGAUUCGGUCAAGCAUAAGACAAAAUAUUUGAGUAAACGUCUUCCUCUCUUCUUGGUUAGUUGCCUCCCUCUGAGUGAAUAAAUACUAUGCAUAAGAAGUUUAAGAUAAACGUUUACAUAGAACUCUCACGCUGCUGGUAUAGAGAUUCCACUUUCCACGACAGUAGUAUUCUAGAAAUAUUGGAAAGAAAAUUAAAAUAUUUGCUUGAUGCUCAAAUUCAUACAUAAACGCUUUGACCACUUUGGAAUAUCGUUUACUACCAGUGCCAAGUGCUACCAGCUGCUAAUUUCAAGCCAUUUCAACCUAUCGUUCAUAAGAUUGACGUGAAUUGGGUUUUCAAACCCUCACUUCAUAUCACAUCUUCAUUGUCAAAUCACGUCGGCCUUCAGUAUAGUUACAUCUGACAGUAACUACCUGACAUGCUUCGGCAGCUCUUUACCCGGGCUAGGCCCUCGUUACUAAGACCAGUCGCCCAUCAUCGUCAGUUUAGGAGCCGGCCGCAGCUCAGCUUCCCUAAUUAUGCGCCGCUGCCUGGUCCAUAUUUCUCUCCACCACCCCGGUCACGAGGUAGCAGGCUUAAGGAUAUCGCUUUCGGAUCGGUGCUCACUAUUUUUGCCUAUAUAUCAUAUCACGUUUAUUCCUUCCGUCAGUUUUCUAAGAAGCUUGAGGGCGCCGUAGAAGAAUUUAGACGGGAAGACGCUAUGGAUGAUGAGUUGCGCCUGAGCUUAGCUGAUGCUCGCCGCGCCGGUGAUCAUGACCGUUUAAGGGAAAUCGGUUUUCAACACGCGCGUCGCAUAUCAAACGCUUGGUCCGAGUUUGGUCCGCUACCGAGCUUUCCUGGGGCCGAAACUAUUAUCCCCGAGGAGGAUACGUUGACGUUUAUAUGGUACGGUAACGAGGAUGUCACCAACUUCUUCGGCAACGGCGUUUGCGCAAUCCGAAUAGCCAUCAACGCCGAACUAAGUGAAGAAUUCAUCCCUUUGCAGAAUCCGAAAGAGGGCGCCGCCCUUACCGAAUUACUUGCUCGGACCAACUACCUAAUUGCAGACUUGGUUAGACAAGGGAUGCUGGCCGAGGGUACUGAGUUGCUACUUCAUGUGCUCUUACGAGGUCACUCGAUCGAAAUGUCAUAUAAGAUUCAUCUACCUACUCCUGAAAACGAGACCGAAAAUGCGGCUUGAUAGAGAGUAUCCGAUAGAACAAUAUUCUACUA